GCUGGGAUCGCGGCGCCAUGGUGGCCCGGAGCACGGACAACAUUGAUACCUCUGGAGAGGGACAAGUGCGCUCUUUGGGAAAUGCAACCAACAACGUCAAGGGCAAGCCAACCAAGAGGCUUUCCAUCACGCGAGGUCACUUCCCCAAGCUGACUGAAUGUGCCCAUUUCCACUAUGAAGCAGUGGACUUUGGACACAUCCAGCUACAGUUUGCGCCCGAGCAGAACGAGAACCUCAGCAACUUGGAAGAGGGGGAACUGCUUUUUGCCAUUCAAGUCACCUGCCAGGGGAAAAGCUGGCAGGUGCAUCGCAGCUAUGAGGAAUUCCGCACUCUGGACACCCACCUGCACUGCUGCAUCUUUGACAGGCGUUUCUCCCAGCUUCCUGAGCUGCCUCCCUUCAGCCACAUGCGGGCUAACCCAGAGCUGCUGGUGCCCAUGCUUACGCAGUACCUAGAAAAGCUCUCGGCCAUUGUGGAUAGCAACAUCAACUGCGGGCCAGUCCUCACCUGGAUGGAGAUCGAUAACCAUGGCAACCGUCUGCUGGUCAACGAGGAAGCCUCUAUCAAUGUUCCCGCCAUCGCAGCCGCCCAUGUCGUCAAACGCUACACGGCGCAAGCACCCGACGAGCUCUCCUUUGAGGUUGGAGACAUCAUCUCUGUGAUUGAUAUGCCCCCCAAGGAGGACAGGAGCUGGUGGCGUGGAAAACAUGGAUUCCAGGUGGGCUUCUUCCCCAGCGAGUGUGUGGAGCUGUUCUCGGAACGGCCGGCAUCGGGACUCAAAGGAGAUGCAGAAGGGAUGAGCUGCGGCAUUUCCAGACCCCAUGGCCUCCUCUCCCCCACUUCAGUGUCUAAGAAGCACGGGAAGCUGAUUGGGUUCCUUCGCACCUUCAUGAAGUCCAGGCCCAGCAAGCAGCGCCUCAAACAGCGCGGGAUUCUCCGGGAGAGGGUCUUUGGCUGCGACUUGGGCGAGCACCUCAAGAAUGCCGGCAGCGAUGUUCCCCAGGUCCUGCGUUCCUGCUCUGAGUUCAUUGAGAAGCAUGGCAUUGUGGACGGAAUCUAUCGCCUCUCUGGGGUUUCCUCCAACAUCCAGCGGUUACGGCACGAGUUCGACAGCGAGCGUGUUCCUGAGCUCUCCAAGGACGUCUACUUGCAGGACAUCCAUUCCGUCAGCUCUCUCUGCAAGCUGUACUUCCGGGAGCUGCCGAACCCUCUGCUCACCUACCAGCUCUAUAACAAGUUUGCUGAGGCUGUGUCCGUCUCUGGGAACGAGGAUCGCUUGGUGCGUGUCCAUGACGUCAUCCAGCAGCUACCUCCGCCACACUACAGGACCCUGGAAUACCUGCUCCGGCACCUGGCACGCAUGGCUAUGCACAGUCAAAACACCAGCAUGCAUAUCCGCAACUUAGCCAUCGUCUGGGCACCCAACCUGCUGCGUUCGAUGGCUCUAGAGUCCGUAGCGCAGUGUGGUGCGGAUGCCUUCCAGGAAGUCCGAGUGCAGUCCCUUGUGGUUGAGUUCCUUCUCAACAACGUUCAGGUUCUCUUCAGCGACACCUUCACCUCUGUCGGAAAGGACAGUGCAGGACGCUGCUUCCUUCCCCGACCCAAAUCCCAGCUGGUCAGCUGCCCUUCCACCCGACUGCUGUCUCUCGAGGAGGCCCAGGCUCGCACUCAAGCCCUUUGCAAGAUCACCAAACCAGAGGCCAAACGCGAGUCCACCGAUCUGCAGGGGCAAGGAAAGGUCUCCUCUGUUUUGGGAUCACCUGACUCCAGGCAAAAGGCGGAGAGCAACGGGAGGCUACGCAAGACCUCGGGCCCAAGCUGGAGAGCGUUUUUUGCCAUUGGCAAGGCCCCCGUGACAUUCCGCAAGAAAUCACAUCGGCUUGGAGAGCUCUUUGGACUCGGAGAGUCUCUGCCAGGGGGCCAGGUUGAGACUGUCACCCUGAGAUCAGCCAAGAGCGAGGAGUCCCUGACCUCCCAGGCCAGCAUGACAGGUCUUCCCAAGCUGCCCUGCCUGCGACGCCCCCACUCCAGUAGUGAUGCCUUCCCCACCCUGAAACCCUGCCGUUCGUGUUCAUCUCUGGGCUCCUCUGUGUCGGGCCGGGGGGACGGCCCAGCCGGGGCCGUAGACAUGGUGGCACGGCGCCGUUCUUCCUGGCUGGAGGGUGACUCGGAACUGGACUCGGAGCUCGAGCUGAGCCCUCCUGGCCUCCGCGGAUUGGACUUUGACCCGCUGACCUUCCAGUGCAGCCCCCCUGCUCGGCGACCCUCCGUCUCAGACAACUCCAGCACCCCAAGCCCCAUCGGAGCCCUCUCACCCAGUUCACCCCCCACCAUCGGCCAGGAUACAUCGGAGGCUUUACCGGUCUCCCUGCCUGACAAGGUGCUGGAAAUGUUUGCAGGCGGCGAGGUCAAGGGGCUGAAUGCACACACCUCCCCACCGCACAUGAUCUCCAUGCUGCUGAGCGCCGCUGGCGGGCAGCUCAGCGACAGCUGCAAACGCGAAGUCCGCUGCAAGCUCACACAAGCCAAAGGCCAUGUGUCUCCUCACAGUCCCAAAGCCGAAGCGGCCCCCACGUCUCCCGGUGCACUCCCUGUGCUGCGGCAUAUCCCCCCACCUCCUCCUCCCAAGAACCCAGCUCGGUUGAUGGCGCUAGCGCUGGCCGAGAGCGCGCACCAGGCAGUGCUACAGCAGCAGCAGCAGCAGCAGCAGCGACAAGCCGGCCACGGGAAGAGGGAACCACGGACGCACUUCCGACGCUCACUAUCCCUGGAGUGCAAAGCAGGAGAGCUGUCGACUGGAGCGCGGGCGCUCUACUCCAUGGUACGCCCCGGCCCCAAGGCCCCUGGACCUGCGUCGCUGCAAGGCCAAGCCAGGGGCAGGAGCGUAGGCAGCCAGUGUCGCGACCGCCAGGGUGGAAACCAGGUGCCGUCAAGCCAGGCCUCACCCUUGGGUAGCUCAGAUUCCUUCUCGCCCUACCGGCGGGGCCUCAGCGACCUGCCCCAGAGAGACCCCCAGCCACAUUCCUUAUCAGACCCAUACCGCUUGUCCUGCCAGUCUCCUGCCUCACCUAUCGCCUACAACUUUAACUACCAGCCGCCUCCCCUGUCGGUCCCCUAUCCUGCACUCCGCCAGCCCCAAGACCCAUUUCCCUCAUCCACUCAGUCUCCGGCCCCACCUAAGCCUCCGCCUCCUCCACACUUCCCCGUUGCCCCGAGUCCCCUGCCCCUCAAAAGCAGGCUCCCUACCUUCCAGUCCUACCUCCCGGAUCAUCAGCUCCGGCACAGCAGCCGCUUCCCUGUCUCUUCUCGGGCAGGCAUUAAUGGGACGCCACCUCCCCAGCUGGAACACGAGAAUCUCUAUUACGAGAUUGCCGGAGAGCCUCCUGCUUACCCGGGCAUGGCGCGACCCUGGCCACCCUACCCGCCCCCUGAGUAUUUGGCCACAUUUAAUGCCUCCUAUGGGGUGUUUGAGAGGCCGUGGCGCCAGCCCUACCUCCCCUCAGCCUCGUCGUCCCUCCAACCCAUCUUGAAGAACAGCCGUGUACACAGCCAGCCGAUGCCACCCGCGGUGACUCGGCAGGAACCCAUCUACGUCAACGUGCCCUUUCCUGAGCCCCCCUCUGUUAUCCCUGCGUCUUCCCCCCCACCUGAAGCAUCACACCCACGCAGUCAUUCCGACCCCGGAGCUCCUCAGCCUCUCGCACACCACAGCAGACCUCCGUUGCCUCAGAAGCAGAGGCUCGGCUGGGGAUACCCUUCCACUGGGCAAUACCGCCAGCUCAUGGAAGCUUUGCCAUGCAGCCGCACCAUGUGGCAAUUAUACCGCCCUCCCCCGUCUUGUUGGGGUCGGCCCCCCUACGGUCCUGAGCCCAUCAUCACCUACGAUGGACCCCCAGCCCGCCCAGGGAGCCAGACCUCUGCUCCCCCUUCGUCUCUGCGGAAGCUGGACGAGUGCUGCCCAUCGCCGCCGCAGUAUGGCCAUGUAGGAAGGAGAGAGGGGUCUCCGUCUGGGUGCUACUUGGGGCCCAGUUGGACAGUGUACACAGAGGGCCAAACUCACAGCUACUGUUGA